AUGAAGUCGGGUAUCUUCUACCUCACUAUUGGUUCUUUGUUAUCUGUAGCUGCUGGAACAGCAGCUCCUUAUGAAAAGUAUGGUGCUCCAAAGAAAGCGAUGUAUGCCUGCAAUUAUCAACUUUCUUCGACUGCCACUUGGUGCUCUGCUGAUAUUGAUCAAACAACUUGUUAUUGUUCAAACCCUUAUGCAUUGAGUAGUGUUGCAGGAUGUUACAGUUAUGCCGGUAGAAAUACCACCAAGAAUUAUAAAGUUCUCAUUGAAGCAUGCCUGGAAGUUAAUGUCACUCUCACUAUGGAUCAAUUGGAACAAGCCUAUGUUAACUACACCAAGAAUGCCAAAUCUCCAGCUGAUAUUGAAGGUUUCAAUGCCACUGAAGUAGUCGAGGUGCCAAUUAAGUUACAAGAUAAUGUCACUGAUCUUUAUAUGAGAGCAUAUGAUGUGUUCUUGGACAACUAUGAUUUUUCUCUCUACUAUGGAUCUGGCUUACUUGGAUAUUGGUGUCUUGUUUUCGUUCUUGCUGCCAUUUGCAACUGGUCAAAGAUAUUAUUUCCUGGCUUAUUUAAGUCAUUAACUGGUCCAUUUUCAACCUUGGUUAGAAAGCAUAUCACAAUGCCAGCUACCUUCAACAACAGGAAAACUCAUGAAUUUACUUUCUUGAAAUUCUUCCAAAUUUUGAUUCCUUCGAGACUCGAAACAUUGAUAAUUAGUGGAUUCGUAAUCCUUACAAUUGCUCUUAGCGCUACAAGAAUUUACUAUAUCGAAGGUGAUCCCUUGUUUGAAUCGAGGAAGAUUGCAAUUCUGCGUUAUAUUGCUGAUCGUACCGGAAUUCUUGCAACAAAUUUAACCCCUUUGUUGAUUUUAUUUGCUGGACGUAAUAACUUCUUGCAAUGGGUCACCAGAUGGAAUUUUGCAACCUUCAUUACCUACCAUAAAUGGGUGGCAAGAAUAACUUUCAUUUUGGUAUUAAUCCACGCCGUUGGCUUUACUAUCGAUCUUGGAUCAUACUAUUCUGAAGAUGUCAAAGAUUUGUACUUAAUAAUGGGUAUUGUUGCCACUGUGGGUGGUGGCAUAAUUCUCUUCCAAGGUCUUCUUUAUUUGAGAAGAUCCUGGUACGAGUUUUUCUUGCUCACUCAUAUUGUGUUGGCUGUACUUUGGAUUGCUGGAGGCUGGUUACAUGUUGUUGAUUUGGGUUAUAUACACUGGUUCUACGCCGCCGCUGCCGUUUGGGUUUUUGACAGAGCAGUCAGAAUUGGAAGAUUAAUCGUCUUCGGAUUUCCAAGAUCAACGGUUUCCUUGUUGGCUGACGAGACUUUAAAGGUUGAUAUUCCAAAACCAGCACAUUGGAAAUCUGUCCCUGGCGGACACGCCUUUAUUCACUUCUUAAGACCAAGUUGUUUCUGGCAGUCCCAUCCAUUUACAUUCACUGAGUCUUAUGAACAGAAGGACACUAUUACUCUCUAUUGUAAAGUCAAGGGAGGUGUCACGCACGGCCUUUACCAAUACCUUGCUACACACCCAGGGAAGACUACACAAAUUAGAGUUGCUGUUGAAGGUCCAUAUGGUGAACCUACCGCAGCAUAUAGAUAUGACUCUGCUAUAUUCAUUGCUGGUGGAAAUGGUAUUCCAGGUAUUUUCUCCGAAGCUGUAAGCAUUGCCAGCAGAUCUAGAGAAAACACUAAGCAGACCAUUAAGUUGUUUUGGAUUGUUAGAGAAUACAAAUCCCUACUUUGGUUCUAUGAUGAACUACGCCAAUUGAAGAAUUCCAAGAUUCAAACAACAAUUUUCAUAACUAAACCUGAUUCUCAAAGACACUUAGAUGACUUCAAGCAGAAGGACUUUGAAAACUACAAUUCAGACAAAAUCUACAAAGAAUCAGAAGAAAAGAAAGAUCAUACCAGUGUCAAGGUCGAAAGCAAUAGUGAGAACGAAGAUGAAGCUAGCUCUACCACAGAUAUCAUCAACACAAUUCAUGAGGAGCUUGACCAUAUCAAUUUCAAGAUGGGAAGACCCACAAUGGAGGAGCUUGUUGGUGAAGAAAUUAAAGAGUCAACUGGAUCUGUUGCUUUCGUUGCAUGUGGUCAUCCAAUUAUGCUUGACGACCUUCGUUCUUCAGUUGUCAAGAACUUAGACAACAAGGAAAAGAAACGUAUUGAAUUCUUUGAACAGUUACAAGUAUGGGCCUAA